UGGUGGUGGUGGGCGCUUCUACUGCAGUGGUGACUCCUCCUCCUUCUCUACCACAGCGCCCCUGCCACACACCUCCUACUUCUCCUCCCCAGCGUCGUGUGGUACAAGUCGUCUUCGUGUGGUACAAGUGUCUGUGGUACAACAAGUGUGUGAGGACUGUCUGUCGAGCUUUACCUUGAGGUGUUGUGCGCCUUCUCCUCACCAGCGUAUGGGCGAGGCAGCUGUUGUAUGGAAUCAGGCAAUAUGUCUGAUGCUGGUUGGCAGUUCACCUCUUAUAGAAUUCAAGGGCAGACGGUCAACCAUAGCAAGGAGGACAAGGUGUUCUGAUGAGGUGUGACGUUCGUGUGUGUACGUCGUUCGUGACGGGCGCGCUGACUGCCACCACCGUCACCAUCAUUCUGUUGCGUGUGUUACCGGGGACGUACGUGGUGUUGCCGUGUGACCCGACCAUCACCGCCAGGCCCGUGGCUCUCGACGACUAUCUCGACCGCUUCGACCUCCCUCCCCAGCAACACCUCGACCUAGGGCCCCAACAGCACCUUGACCAGAAGGGACCUCAACAAUACCACGACAUCCGGGCCCUCCAUAUUGAACUGGGCCCUCAACAACCUCCACACGACCCGGGGCCCCAGCAUGUUGAUUUAGGGUUCCAGAAGCACGAUCCAGGGUACCAACAUGUCAACUUGGGGUUCCAGACUCACGAUCAGGGCCCCCAGUAUGUCAAUAUAGGGCCCCAGCGCCACAGUCUCGGGCCCUGGCAACUUGAUCUAGGGCCGAAACGCCUCGACCUGUCGCAGAAAGACGAGAGCAGCCAGUUGUCAGCUGUUCCCAAGGGUCUACAGCUCGAACUACAGCAGCUACUGCUUAGAGAACAGAGGGGAAAGGAAACAGCUGUUCGCCGCCACCAGAACAAACAACAACAGCAUCAACAACAACAACAAAAACAGCCUCAACAACAAGAACAACAACAAUACCAAUACUACAAAGGUUACGAACUACAACAACAGAAACAGCUUCAACAACAACAACAACACUACAAAGGUAACCAACAAGAGCAAAUGGAACAGCAGCAGAAGUUAACAGAGGAAAAAAAGAUAAUGGUGCAUCCUUAUGACUCCUCUGAUGUUCACCUGCCUUCACAACAACAACAACAACAACGAUUAAUGAGAUCGUGAUAAGCAUUCGAACAACAACAACAACAAUAACCACCACCACCACCACCAUUACAGCAACCACAAUACUUAAUAAGAAAAUUAAUAGACACUUGAACAUCUCUCUCUCUCUCUCUCUCUCUCUCUCUCUCUCUCUCUCUCUCUCUCCUACAUCACAUUCAAACUUACAAAGAGUGAUGAAACUAAACCUCACUUACAAAAUACAAGGGGCAAAAUUCCAUCAGUACGUCACUCUACCGACACUAUACCCACUGUAUCUACACUAUAAUGCACUGUAGUCUGGGUACCGAGUAAGUCUGUAGGAAACGUGGUGAUGAGAUAUCUAUACUCUGGUGCUUUUAUCCCCUUCAGGAGGUCCAAGUUUGUCCUGUAGUUUCACCCUCAGUAAUGGAAAUACUCACUGUAUAUAUUUUUUCACGAGAUCCCCUGUAGAUUAGCUCCACCUCCUCCUAGUUUAUUUUUUUUCUUCAUAUUAACUAACAUAAGCUAAUCUAUCAUAACCUAACCUAACAUACCAUAAUACAAUGUAACCUAACCUAACAACAUAUAUCCUAACCUAAC